CGUUUUGUUGUCUGCGGAAAAUCCCACCAGAGGAAGAAUUCCGUGCACAAGGGAUUAAUGACAGCAUUAACAAGAUGGAGGAAGAGGAACAUACAGACAGAAAGCAGCAACUUGCCAUGCUUUAUCAAAAGCUCAACAAAAUUAAAAAGUAUCUCAACGAAGAUGACACGGACAAUAUUAAUCAGGUCAUCAGCUCCAACUUGCCUGAAUCAUGCCUCUCAUAUUUGAUGGACCUGGAGAAGAAGGGGGACCCUCACUUGGAUCAUAACCACCUCACCAGGCUUAUUGACUGUUAUACCAGAGUAUUCUCUAAUAUGCCUCUGGGAAAACAUUGUCAGAAUGAGAGCUAUGCCAGAAUGCUGGUCAGAUUUGCAGAGCUGAAAGCAAUUCAAGACGUCAACGAGGCAGAGGCCAACUUCAACGUGGCAAGAUCUAACAGCCAGAACUUUGCAUUUGUCCAUGUUGCACAUGCACAGUUCGAGCAUUCUCGAGGAAACACAAAGAGAAGCGCUUAUAUAUUGCAGAAUGCAAUUGAAGUGGGUGCCAAGCCAAAGGAGCUGCUGGAGGCUGCCUUGCAGAGCAUGCAGACGGGAAAAACACAACCACUUUGUUCAGAGGACAAGGAAAAUCUUCCAUUAUUACCCAACAGUAAUGUGCACGAUUCUGUCAAAAAAGGCUCAGAAUUCCAAAAAGUAAGCAGAAUAUCAGAUGGGACAGGUGACUUGCAGCUCUCCAGUAUUUUUAGUUCAGGGAUGGAACCCCUCAGUGGAUCAUCAGAUGAGCAGCUACCUGGCUGGAGAUCAGGAUCUCAACGCAAGAGAGCAGUUGGCAUGCCAGGGAGAGUUCCUGUGGUUCCUUUCUCUAUUCCAGAAAAGGAUGAUGAUGAUGACCACAUUAAUCAGAAGCCCUCCACAAGAAGGGAUGCAACAAUUCCCACUAGUUUGUCCAGGCAAACAUCUGGUUCAAAUGUGAACUCAGCAUUUGGAUUAUCCUCCUCAAAGAAAACUGUUCAACCACCAGCUCUCAGUCCGGAGCACUACCCUUGGGAGGACCAUGCAACUGUGGACUCCACCACCACACUUCUUCAUACACAUGAUACAAGGGACGCUUCAAGACUAGAAGAUGUAACUUACAAUUUCGAUCAAGUCGUCAGUUCCAAGUCUCCUGAGUCGUGUUGGACGUACCUGACAAGCCUGGAGAAAAGAGGAAACCCUCGCACAGACAUCAGUGUCCUUAAUAAGCUCAAGGACUGUUAUUCUAAAGUCUUUUCCAGGCUGCCAAUCAGACAGUACAGCAAAAACGCCAGCUAUGCCAGAAUACUAGUCAGAUACGCAGAACUGAAAGGGAUUGAAGACCCAGAUGAAGCAGAGGACCACUUCAUAGUUGCGAGAUCCAACUGCAAAGGCUUUGCUUUUGUCCACAUAGCACAUGCACAGUUUGAGGUCUCUCAAGGUAAUGUGAUCAAAGCAACGUCAAUUCUGCACAAAGCCCAGGCAUUGAAGGCCAGGCCAGCUGAGCUCUUGGACAUGGCCAUACGUAACCUUAAAGCUGGGGAAAAGCAGCUAGUGCCCAUCCAGGACGAGGAGCCGUCCACAGAUGUGCCACCAAGUGCUCCAAUAAUGCCCACUUGUGAGGGGAACCAGGAAGUGCAGCUUCCUACUCGGGUCCCUGUGAACCGCUCAGUUGAACAGCCUAAACCUGCCAGCAAGGAGCCCUUAUCAGAGUGGAAGAUACCAACUCUUAUCAACCGUCACGUUUCUCCAGAGGUUAAACAGACAACACCUCCUGACCCCAGACCUGUUCCCCGUCUGGUGGAGUCUUUCCGCACUCCGUCCCUACAACUUCCACCUAGACUGAACCCGCAAACAGUCUGCCAGACCCCUAAUAACUACAGAAACCCCAGUGCUAACAGCUUCAUUACUCCUGUUGUAAAGAGAGGUCCUGAAAUGUCUUCGUCUGCAGUAGCAGCACACAGAGCUGGACCUGUUCAGCAGCCAUGCACGCCUGUAAACCAGUCGAUGUGUGUCCAGACUCCACAGACUUCCCUCAGUGCGUUGUCAAAUGAAUCCAUUACCAUUAAGGGAAGGCAGUUCUUCAUCCUCAAGAUGAUUGGACGUGGUGGAUCGAGCAAGGUCUACCAGGUCCUUGACCACAAAAAGCAGAUGUUUGCUGUGAAAUACGUCGACCUCGAGGAAGCUGAUGCUCAGACAAUAGAAAGCUACAAAAAUGAAAUUGAACACCUGAACCACUUGCAACAGUACAGCGAUCAAAUUAUAAAGCUCUAUGACUAUGAAAUAACCAACAGCUACAUCUAUAUGCUGAUGGAAUGUGGUAACUUGGAUUUGAACAUUUGGCUGCGAAAUCGCAAAACUGUGAACCCCCUGGAGAGGAAGUACUACUGGAAGAACAUGCUGGAGGCCGUUCAUACCAUCCACAAACACGGAAUUGUCCACAGUGACUUAAAGCCAGCAAACUUUGUCAUUGUGAAUGCAUCACUGAAAUUGAUUGACUUCGGCAUCGCAAACAGAAUCCAACCAGAUGUAACGAGCAUUAUGAAGGAUUCGCAAGUAGGAACCCUGAACUAUAUGCCCCCUGAGGCCAUCAAAGACACUUCGUCCCAGGCAGGAAAAGCACGCUCAAAGAUAAGUCCUAAAGGUGAUGUGUGGUCGCUUGGCUGCAUACUGUACUGCAUGACAUAUGGGAAGACUCCAUUCCAAACCAUCACCAAUCAGAUAACCAAGCUGCACGCCAUCAUCGAUCCUUCUCAUAAGAUCGAGUUUCCUGACAUCUCAGAGAAGGAUUUGCUGGAUGUGCUGAAGAGGUGCUUGGUACGAAACCCCAGAGACAGAAUCUCUAUUGCAGAGCUGCUGGAGCAUCACUACCUGCAGCUGAAGCCACAAACAUCACCAGAACCAGAACAACCAUCUAACAGUGAUCUUCAGAGGAUCCUAACAGACCUUGCAGCCCUACAGUCUCCAAACAGCAUCAUCAGAGCUGCUAAUAAUUUGGCAAGAAUGUGCAGCAGCGGCAGGAAGUUGGAUGUUGCAGAAUGUGCAAAGUCAUCAUCUUAAUCAUCCGGAAAAAAUGUGAUGUGGAUUUUUUUUUCUUUUGACGCCCUCAGAACCACUUAAGAACAGUUUACUAUUGUAAGAUGUCAAAACUAGCAAAGCUGUAUUGAUAUGUUUGUUUCUUUGAAACAAAAUCAUUACAUUGCUUAUUUUUUUUACUCAUUUUAGUGAUAAUAAAUGUAAGAAUAUGCAGUAUAUAGCAUAGUCAAAUAAACAUAUGGUAUCCCAAAGCAUUGUAGAUUUAUUUAUUACAGCUGAUUUAAAGGAGAGCUAACUGUCGAGGUGUGCUAUUUUAUUACAGCACUUUUUGGGAGUUUCAUUUACGCAUUUUCCAUUUGUACUAAGAAGCUGACUGACACUGAUAUUUUAGCUUCAGCAUCUACUAUUUUAAAGAGCCUCUCUGGUAAAAGUCAAGCUUUUUACGUUGUCGAUGUCUCUGGUGUUUUUUAUAUGCUAGGAGACAUCAUGAGUGAGAUAAGCAGUCAACUCUGACAGACCAUUUCCACCUUGAAGCUGCAGUGCACUGAUGACUAAACUCUAUCAUCUGUGUUUGAGAUUGUCUUCCGUCAUUUUUACUGAAAUAGCUUUAGAGAGGAUAUCUGUAUCGCCUCUGUGGGACUCAGGUGUGGGUUGAUAUUUUGCUACUUUUAGGUUGUAUUACUUAUUAUUAGCCUUUUUUAUUACCUUCAAAAUUACAGGAGAUAACUACGUAAAAUGUUCACAUUUGAGCGCCGUUAAAAACUGCUACCAAAUCAGUUUUCUAUACAUUUCACUUGUCAUAAUCUAAAGCCAAAAUCCUUGUCAUGUUCAGUAUGACUUUUCUACAAGUCACUUGAAACAUCAGUGUCAGGGAGUAUAUCAAAGUUUCAGUAGCAAUACAACACUAGUUUACUGUCAAUAAUACAUAUAGUGUAAUACAAACAGACGUUGAUAUCCUGCAUGUAUUGUCUGUUUUCUAUAAUUCACUAGAAAGCUUUUAAGGCCCAUAUCAGCAUGUGUGAUAGGUGCUUGGUCAGAACAAGUUACAGCAAACAAAGGGUCUCAUUUUUACAUUUGAUUCAUCUCGCUGUACCUCCAUCUGUGUCGAAUGAUUUUUUUUUUUAAGGCAUAUUUUUAGACUAGUGAAAUGUAAAAUUUGAAAUCAUUGACUCAAGGAAUUAAAACCAUGAUUAUAA